AUGGACAGACCGUCCAUCAUGAUGAACAAGGCUGGCUCUCGGUCAGCAGCCUCUCUGCCCCCGGAGUCGGUGGACAUCAUACGGAGCAUGUCGUGUUACCGGCGGGUGCGCCUGAAUGUGGGCGGCCUGCCACACGAGGUGCUUUGGCGCACGCUGGAGCGGCUACCACGCACACGUCUGGGCAAACUCCGUGCAUGCACGACACAUGAGGCGCUCAUGGACAUCUGUGAUGACUACAACCUGGACGAGAACGAGUACUUCUUUGACCGGCACCCGGGCGCCUUUACAUCCAUUCUGAACUUCUAUCGCACGGGCAAGUUGCACAUGAUGGAGGAGAUGUGUGCACUUUCGUUCAGCCAGGAGCUGGACUACUGGGGCGUGGAUGAGAUCUAUCUGGAGUCAUGCUGCCAAGCGAGGUACCACCAGAAGAAGGAGCAGAUGAACGAGGAGCUGAGGCGUGAGGCUGAUACGCUGAAGGAAAGAGAGGGGGAGGAGUUUGAUAACACGUGCUGCUCGGAGAAGCGCAAGAAGCUGUGGGAUCUGCUGGAGAAGCCCGGCUCUUCUGUAGCAGCCAAGAUUUUGGCGAUUAUUUCCAUACUGUUCAUUGUGCUGUCUACCAUCGCUCUGUCUCUCAACACCCUUCCAGAAUUGCAAGACAUUGAUGAGUUCGGCCAAAGCACAGACAAUCCUCAGCUGGCCCAUGUCGAAGCAGUAUGCAUCGCCUGGUUUACCAUGGAGUAUCUUCUUCGCUUUCUUUCUGCACCCAAUAAAUGGAAAUUUUUCAAAGGUCCACUUAAUGUCAUUGACCUGUUAGCCAUUCUGCCAUACUAUGUCACUAUCUUCCUCACCGAGUCUAACAAGAGUGUGCUGCAGUUUCAGAAUGUGCGGAGGGUGGUGCAGAUCUUUCGGAUUAUGCGAAUUUUAAGGAUUCUUAAAUUAGCUCGUCACUCUACCGGGCUACAGUCACUGGGGUUCACGUUACGACGAAGCUACAAUGAACUGGGUUUGCUAAUCCUCUUCUUAGCAAUGGGCAUCAUGAUCUUUUCUAGUCUGGUCUUCUUUGCUGAAAAGGAUGAAGAUGACACAAAGUUUAAAAGCAUACCUGCCUCCUUUUGGUGGGCUACUAUUACCAUGACUACUGUGGGAUAUGGAGAUAUAUACCCAAAAACGCUGUUAGGCAAGAUUGUGGGUGGUCUCUGUUGCAUUGCAGGAGUGUUGGUCAUUGCCCUUCCAAUCCCUAUCAUUGUAAACAACUUCUCUGAGUUUUAUAAGGAGCAAAAAAGACAAGAGAAAGCCAUAAAGAGACGUGAGGCUCUGGAACGAGCAAAACGCAAUGGAAGCAUAGUAUCGAUGAAUGUUAGGGAAGCGUUUUCCCGUGGAGCAGAGCUUCUUGAUGUGGUUGUGAUGGAGAAGGGUGAGAGGCCUCAGGACAGUCAUCUGUCACCUAAUCGCUGGAAGUGGUCCUCAAAGCGAGCAGCAUCUGACACCAGCUCCAAUCGCUCUUUCAAUCCAGAACUAAGCUCCCCAGGCAAGGGCACAGUAUCCAGCCCUCAGAGAAUCAAUCCCCAGGAACUGGAGGAAAUGUACAACCAGAUGACCAAGACCCAGUCACAGCCCAACCUCAACACCAAAGACAGGAGUUCAUCCAAAGCAGUUUGCAGCAGAGAUGAGAUAGAACUUGGCACCUUGCCGGUUCAAAAAUCGGCCCCAUUUGGGGGUCGUGAAGGAGUCCUUGACAUGAAGAGUCUUUCCAGUCUUGACAGUUAUAUCAGCUGUGCCACAGACUUCCAAGAAAACCCACGAUUCCCUUUCAGUCCAGUGGGGGUCUUGUCACUUAAAGAGAGCACUCGGUUUUCUCACAGUUCUGGUUUGUCAGGACGCGUCAGUGCUAACCCGAGCCUUCAGACCACUAUGGAGCAUGAACCUAUGCUUACUCCACCGUGCUCUGCUGCAAAGCCUUCUGACACAGACAGUACACAUCAACAAGGAGGAAACUCUUUGAAAACACACUCUAUCCGAGUCACUCAUUAUGGGUUUGGGGAAUUGGGUCCAGCCUGUGGUCCUCUUUCAGACAGUUCAGCUGAUCACUCGCUUAUCAGCCCUGAGACAUCGAUCUAUUCUACAGCCAGUAGCAGGACUCCACCAAAGACACCUGAAGGAAUUGCCUUCACACCUACUGUCUUCACAUUUCAUGAUGCCUCUAUUAACAGGUACAUUGAUGCUGACACAGACGACGAAGAGCAUCUUCGUGAAUCGGACCGCCUACUCGGAGGUCUGGGCUCCAAACCUUACCAGGGGGGUACCAACCACCUUGAAGCUGCACAUAGGUUCUUGGGUCAGAACUGUCGCUUCCCACUGGGAGGCACUCCAAGUGGAAGCCAUGAGAAUCACGUGGCACUGGAUGCUUUACGUAGAUCUAAAGGGGAAAGAGGACGUUCCAGAAUCUGUGACGACAGCUUCUGA